AUGUCUGUGUUUGUGACAGUUGGAACAACAAAAUUUGAAGAAUUAAUUAAAGCAAUUGAUACUGAUGAGGUGCUGGAGGCUCUUAGGGACCAAGGAUUAACAAAGGUUUUAUGCCAGAUCGGGAAUGGUGAGUUUACUCCUGAAAGUGAGUUCUUUAGAUUUUCCCCAUCUCUUGAUGAAUUCAUGGAAAACGCUGAUUUAAUUAUUAGCCAUGCUGGCGCUGGGAGUAUUUUGGAAGCUCUAAGAAAGAAUAAAAAGCUAAUUGUUGUGGUCAAUCAAAAGCUAAUGGAUAAUCACCAAUUGGAAAUAGCGAAAGAAUUAAGUGACAGAAAUCAUUUGAUUAUGUGCGAAAAUCCUGAUGAGCUUAGCUCAGCUGUAAGAAAACUGGAAACAGCUGAAAUUAAACCACUCCCGCCUUCGAACACUCAGGAACUUAUGCAGGAAAUUGUGGAUUUAUUAAAUUAG